ACUGAAAGUUCGGAGUCAUUUUUCUGGUACACAUAAAUAGAAGCGUAUAACCCGCCUUCUAACAGUUUCGUAACUUGUAUUUCAGGAGGAGAAUUGCGAUAACUGACGCGACGGAACUUAUGAGACCGUGGAACUCGUUGCAGAUUGCUUCGCACGCAUGAUGUGCUCAAGCGCCAUUCUCAGGCCCUGCCCUUUGCUACUUAUAAGUAACUUCUGUAGUACCUCGCUGCUGUAAAGAGCCUGCGAAUCUUUACCUUUCAUAUCAGACAACCGGAAUACAAUCAUCGCCAUGGCCCCUAUCGUCGCCCUUUUAGGUCUCAACGGCACCGUCGGUUCAAACCUCUUGCCAUAUCUAAUCAAAGCCCACAAAAAGGGCUCUCUUAAGCUGGUUAUUUUACACCGAUCUGGCAGUGAUUUGUCCAAGAUUCCUUCUGAUGUGGGCAUCGAAAAAAGGGUCGUAGAGCUGAGAGAUGGGGAAGUGGAAAAGAUACAAGCUGCCGUCAAAGACCUAGAAGUUAUUAUUUCCACUAUCGCCACGCAGAGCGUUUCAGCCCAAAAUUAUCUGUUGGAGGCUCUCUCCGGCUCGUCCGCCCUCAAGACAUUCAUCCCUUCCGACUUUGGUGCUCCUUGGGACAAGCAGGAAAUCGAAAUCCCAGGGCUUGCAGCUCUCAAAGCCAAGGAGAGGGUCACUGAGAAGGCCAAAGAGCUCAAAGUGCCUAUUACUGAGAUUAAGGUCGGAUUAUUCGAUUUGUUCUUCUUCGGCUACAAGGCUUUGGGAGUCGAUGUCAAAGGCAAUAAGAUCCAGUAUUUUCAUCAGUCUCUCAAAAACCCUUUGCACCUGACUUCACUUGCCUACCUUGGCCAUGCUGUCACUGAGCUCGUUACUAACGUAGACCAGCUCGCACAGCUUCCCGGCACUACUCCCAACAUUUACGAUUUCGCUCCGACCGGUCAAGAGAUCGUCGAUAUUCUGACCAAAAUACAUGGUAAAUCCACAGAGCAAAUUGGAAUCAGCGAUAAGGACAAUGAAGAGCAGCUUCAAGGACCUCGAGCUAUUGGCGCUGCCAUCUUUAAGAAAUGGGGCGACAAUAACUGGGGAGCUAUCCCUAAGACUGAAGUGGAUGGUUGGGUUGGCAAAGAAUUCGCAGAUGUUGUGAAGGAAUGGACUGAUAAGGCUUAGGAAAAGAGAGACCACGGAAGUCAUUUAUCUGUAAUCGUACUGCAAGGUACUGGACAUGGUGAAUCUUAGACGGUUCAAAGCGAAUCAUGAAAUAUAAGAUGUAAUACUGCGCGCAU